GGACCAGAGUAAACCUUCGGUGGAAAGGUGGACAGCUUGAGUGUCCCAAUGGUCCACAUAAAACUGCAUUCUAGAGUACAAACUUAUUCCUGUUGUUGAAACUGGCAAACAUUAAACUCAUUUAGUUACACUAUUUAAUUCUUGAGUUGCUUACCGACUUAAUUACUCCCAAUUCUUGAGCGUGCUACAAUAAUGGAUGAAAGUAGUGAGAUAACAGAUCAUCCAGAGCCUGGUAAAGAAAAGAGAAUCAAGUUCAAUGAUGUUGUUGAGGUGAAGAGAGACGAAAGACGGCGGAAGCACCGGACACAUCCAAGAAGAAGACGAGCUGCUCAGGGAAGAGGUCUUGAAAAUGGGAAUGCAGGAGGAUCAAGGAUGUCAGCAUAUCAUCCCACUUCAGAAUCAGUGGCCACUGCUCCGACGAACACGACCCAGUUCAUUAUCAACGACCACAACAGUCCUCUUCCAAGAGGCAUCAACGGAUCCCCUAUCUCAGCCUGUCCAACCCCUAACUCAGACGGAGGCAGUCGGUCAAGAGACGGAAACGACUAUGAACAACUAGGCGACUACUACCCAACGUCGAGAAUAAAUGACUCGGCUAUAGAGCAGUUCGCCCAAGAGUACAGUCAGUUUCAGUACGAGCGUCUGUCAGAAAUGAGUCGCGAGGACUUGAUCAAAAAGUGCAUUGAACUAGAGGAGGCACUGGAUUGUUAUGAUAGAGUGAACCACCCGCAUGACGGAGGCAGUUCUUCAGAAUCCGAGUUUAAUGCGCGUCCUUACUCCAGACAUUGCAAUACAUGUUCGUGUGUGUUCGAACCCACUUCCCGUCACCACUUCACUUCCAUAGAUGACUCCUCAAAUGGGUCCACGACACAGAACACGGCAGACAUCAGCCAAGGACCAGCUGACACUACCACACAUGACUUGCCUCCCAAAAACUCAUGUUCGCCUAAUUCCACAACUGUAGAGUUCCCUGCUCACGUGGAAAUGCAUUCAAAUGAUUGAAUAAUUUGAAAUAAACUGAAAAACUGAAUCAAUAGCAGCCUGCAUGGUUGUGUAAGUCCCGUGAGCCAAUAAAGCAAUUUUGAUGAUAUUUUCUCUGCAAAAAUUUAUUGCUGUAAAAAAUUCGAAGUAACUUCAAAUUAACAUCGGUAAAUCCAAAUAUGAAAAAUUGAUGUUUGGAAAGAAAAGUGCUGCCCUGCUGAAUUGGUGUUUACUUCCACUUGCGAGUUGAUAAUUUUUUUUGUCAACUAGAAAUUUGGUGUGUUUUCAA